AUGGCCCAGAGCGUGAAGACCCCCGUCCCCGCGGGGGCCAACGAGGAGCAGGACAGGAAGGCCCGGAGCUGGCAGGGCAGAGCCAGGGUCUGGGAGGAAUCUGAGCAAAAGACCAAGAAGCUUAAGAGCGGCGAGGACGACGGGCAGCCCCGAAAGCUGCCCAAGCGGAAGGUGGUGCUGCUCCUGGCCUACUCGGGGAAGGGCUACCAUGGCAUGCAGAGGAACGUCGGCUCCUCACAGUUCAGGACAAUUGAGGACGACCUGGUAUCUGCCCUCGUCCAGUCGGGCUGCAUCCCUGAGAGCCACGGUGAGGACAUGAAGAAGAUGUCUUUCCAGCGGUGUGCACGGACAGACAAGGGUGUGUCUGCUGCAGGCCAGGUCGUGUCCCUGAAGGUGUGGCUGAUUGAGGACAUCCUGGAGAAGAUCAACAGCCACCUCCCAUCCCACAUUCGGAUUCUGGGCCUGAAGCGUGUCACGGGUGGCUUCAACUCCAAGAACAGGUGUGACGCCAGGACCUACUGCUACAUGCUGCCCACCUUCGCCUUUGCGCACAAGGACCAGGACGUACAGGACGAGAGCUUCCGGCUGAGGGCCGAGACGCUGCGGCGGGUCAACGAGCUGCUCGCCUGCUUCUGCGGCACACACAGCUUCCACAACUUCACGUCCCAGAAGGGGCCGCAGGAGCCCAGCGCGCGGCGCUACAUCCUGGAGAUGCAGUGUGGGGAGCCCUUCGUGCGGGACGGCCUGGAGUUCGCCAUCAUCACAGUGAAGGGCCAGAGCUUCCUGAUGCACCAGAUCCGUAAGAUGGUGGGUCUGGUGGUGGCCAUCGUGCGGGGCCACGCCCCCGAGAGCCUGCUGGCGCGCAGCUGGGGCCCCACGAAGGUGGACGUGCCCAAGGCACCGGGGCUCGGGCUGGUGCUGGAGCGUGUGCACUUUGACAAGUACAACCAGCGCUUUGGGGGCGACGGACUGCAUGAGCCGCUGGACUGGGUGGCCGAGGAGGGCGCCAUCGCAGCCUUCAAGGAGUGCUACAUCUUCCCCAGCAUCGUGGACACUGAGCGGCGGGAGCGCUCCAUGGCGCAGUGGCUCAGCACGCUGCCUGCGCAUGACUUCAGUGCCUCGGCCGAGUCUGUGGCUGGCGAGGCCACUGAGGUCACCGAGGUAGAGUGGGGACCGGGGGGGCCGUCGCCCUCUCGCGGCGAGGAGCGGCGUCGCGACAUCGCGGCGGCGGAAGCGCCGGCUGCGGACGCGAAGCUUCGGGAACCCGGCCGCCGUGGUACGCAGCGGGCGCUGUUUUGCGGGGCUGUGGGGGCCGACGGUCCGGUACCGAAGACGGGGAGCCGGAGCGCGGGCCGUGGCGAGGCGGACUCGGUGCGCGGAGCGCAGCCUGCGCCGGGCCCGGGACACGUCCCACGGCGCGACCCCGUCCCCUCGCGGCGGCCGGCUCCAGGGCUGCCCACCCGGGCCCUGCAGGGCCGUUUGUGUGCGGCACCAUGUUGA